AUGGGUUUACAAUUUGGAAAAUUAAUUUGUAUUGAUUUUGCUAUUCAAUUUAUUGGUUGGAUUAUUUCAGCCAAAUUUCGAACUGAAAAAUAUUUUGAUUUAACAGGUAACAAAUUGUAUAUUGAAUUUAUGUAUUUAAAUAUUGUAUAUUCAGGUUCUUUAACAUUUAUUUUAUUAACUUAUCUAAGUCGAAAUAGCACUCGUCAAACUCUUCGACAAAAAAUUCAAUCUUCUUGUAUAUUCAUAUGGGCAUUAAGAUUAGGUGCAUUUUUAUUCUAUCGAAUAUUAAAAGCUGGUAAAGAUUCACGAUUUGAUCGUAUGCGUAAUUCUCCAUCGAAAUUAUUUACAGCUUGGAUGUUGCAAGGUCUUUGGGUAAUAAUAACACUUUUACCAACACUUUAUCUUAAUCGAAAACACGUUGAUAAACCAUUAACAAAAACAGAUUAUAUUGGUUGGAGUAUGUGGUUGUUUGGUUUUCUAUUUGAAGUUAUAGCUGAUAAACAAAAAAUGACAUUUAAAAAUAAUUUAAAUAAUAAAGAAAAUUUUAUUAGUACUGGUCUUUGGAAAUAUUCAAGACAUCCGAAUUAUUUUGGUGAAAUAUGUUCAUGGCUUGGUCUUUAUAUAUCAUCAUCACAUAUGCUUGUUGGAUAUGAAAAAUUUAUUGGUAUACUUUCACCUAUAUUUGUAACAUGUUUACUUUCAUUUGUAAGUGGAAUUCCAAUAUUAGAAAGACAAGCAAUGAAAUUAUUUGGAACAAAUCCUGCUUAUCAUACAUAUCGGAAUCGAACACCAAUUCUUAUUCCAUUUAUUAAUUUUCCUCGUAUUUAA